CCAGUUCACGAAUACAUAUAUCGCACGCUAGAAUGUGUGCGAAUGCGUCGAUGCGUAUUAUACUAUCUCAUUUCUCGUAUCUCAUAUAUAUCGUUUGUUGACGCUAUUUGCUUCCCGUGAAAACCUCUUGCGGACUGUAAAAACGAGCUCAUCAGUAUAGUUGACGUUCGGGCAUAGUGCUUAACUUGGCGUGUCACAGAAAGUCUCUAGAAAGAAAAUCGUGGAGAUUCUCUGUGCGCGACUCAUUCACGGACGGUCGGACGUUGUCAUUUGAAAACGGAAGCCAUCUUGUGGCCGAGCCUCCCAUAUUAUACGAGGAAUAAUAGUUCCACGACUAUUUGUUCCGAUAAAUUGCUUCGUAUCUUUUCCAAUACGUCUAGACUAUGCAUGAACCAUUUUAUCACACGUUCACAUAGCCAUGGCUGCGACAAGGAAGUUGCAAGGUGAAAUAGAUCGGUGCCUUAAAAAAGUAACGGAGGGUGUGGAAACCUUUGAAGAUAUUUGGCAAAAAGUUCAUAAUGCCACGAAUAGCAAUCAGAAAGAGAAGUACGAGGCUGAUCUCAAAAAGGAAAUCAAGAAACUUCAAAGGUUACGCGAUCAAAUUAAGAGCUGGAUCGCGUCGGGUGAAAUAAAAGAUAAGAGUACGCUUCUCGACUAUCGAAAGCUAAUUGAGACUCAAAUGGAAAGAUUUAAAGUGGUGGAAAGAGAAACGAAAACAAAAGCUUAUUCUAAGGAAGGUUUAGGUGCAGCUCAGAAAUUAGACCCAGCUCAGAAGGAGAAAGACGAGGUUACUAAUUGGCUUGCCAAUUCUAUAGACGCUCUUAAUCUCCAGAUGGACACGUUUGAGUCGGAAAUAGAAUCCUUACAAGCGGGGAAGAAGAAGAGGAUAGACAAAGAUAAGCAAGACAGAGUAGACGAAUUGAAAGCGAAACUCGACAAACAUCGCUAUCAUAUCCGUAAAUUGGAAACGUUAUUGCGUAUGCUUGACAAUAUGUCUGUGGAAGUUAAUACUAUUAAGAGGAUAAAAGAUGAUGUUGAGUAUUAUAUUGAAUCUUCGCAAGAUCCAGAUUUUGAGGAAAACGAGUAUAUUUAUGAUGACAUUAUUGGCCUCGAUGAAGUUGAGUUGUCCGGGGUCGGCAUUCCCUCGUCGGCGACAACGGAUAGCAACAAUAGCAACGAAACUGGGGGUACGCCGACCUCGACUAAUUCCUGUACUUCACCAAUACCGUCGCCCUCACUGAGUUCCACUAUGCAUAAUCACUCGAGCGACAGCUCGACGGAUAAUGACAAGAAAACAAAGCCUGUGAAACCAACAGCAGUCAGGCCGCUGCUGAAUACGCAAGCGAGCAUUCCAACUACGGGAAGCACUGCCACCAUAAAAUCGAACAUGUUGUCGAGCAGCACUCCAAGCAAAACCAUUCCCAUGACGCCUAGCCACAGCUCGCCUAGUUCUACGAGCAAUCAUAUCGCCACGACUAACGCUGGCAACUUCGCCACUGUAGCUGCCUCGCACAGCAACUCGCAAGCCAUCCAUUCUACCUCCAACAAAACAUCCACUCACAACAGCGAAAACAGUCUCCUGUCGUCAUCGUCUACGUCCAGCGUUACAUCGAAUGUACCGCAAACGGUCACGCAGCAGCACAACAACAAUCCAGCGCCAGCACAGACGACACACGUAUUACAUAAUCAACAGAACCAGAAUCACAACAGCGAACCGGAAAUCACGACGCCGAUACCGCCAUCAUCAUCGCCGCAGUCCUCGGUCAGCAGUAGAUCUUCGCCUCUGCCCACAAACUCCUGCUCGCCAGCACCGUCCACUGCCAAUGGUCUCAUCCCUAAGCUUCCCGACGGGAGCAUGUCCUCUCUGAAAUCCAUUGCCCAACAAGUAAUUGUCCGAGCAGGUCUGGAGAUACCGCCUUCCGAGCCGAACAGAAACAUCUUCGACAGCGCCAAGACGAACAAUAACAACAACACCAAUGCCACAUCGGAAGCACACAUUCCCCCGUUGCUUGGCGUCGCGCCCCUAGGGCCCGUACCGUUGCAGAAGGAACAUCAGCUGCAAUUCCAAAUGAUGGAAGCCGCUUACUAUCACAUGCCGCAUCCGUCUGACUCGGAAAGACUGCGCUCGUAUCUGCCGAGAAACACGUGCACUACGCCACCCUACUAUCAGCAGGUGCAACUUCCCCAUUCGGAUACAGUGGAGUUCUUCCAACGCCUUUCUACGGAGACUUUAUUCUUUAUAUUUUAUUAUAUGGAAGGGUCCAAGGGACAAUAUUUGGCAGCUAAAGCAUUGAAAAAACAAAGCUGGAGGUUUCACACCAAGUACAUGAUGUGGUUCCAGAGGCACGAAGAACCGAAAGUUAUUAACGAGGAAUACGAGCAAGGAACGUACAUCUAUUUUGACUAUGAAAAAUGGGGGCAAAGAAAAAAAGAAGGGUUUACUUUCGAGUACAAGUACUUAGAGGACAGAGACCUGAAUUAACAGUUCUGUCGCUCAUUCAGUCUUCGAAAAGCGCCGUUUCUAAACCGGUAUUGUGUUAUUUGAAAUUUCGCGGACGAUUCUAAUCGACAAAGUCGAUGGAAUGCGAGGCGAAAAAAAGAAAACAAGAUUAUGGAACAAAUUCGUGCGUAAAAAUGAAGGCAUUUCAUUACGUUUUAAUGAUGCGAUUAUAAAAUCUGUCUUAAUCCUUUUUUCUAAGAAAAAAUCGCGAGAUGGAUUAAAUGUGGAAAAAAAAGAAAUAUGAGAAAAGAAACACAUGCAAACAGCAAGACAAAGAGAUUAAUUUUUGGGCAUAAAUCAUAACUAUUGUAAAUGAUAAUAAUACACAGGAGGAAGCAAAAGGCAAGAAUGAAAGAGUAAGAGCAUUACGGGAAAUACAUGAAAUGAUCAUUGCGAUUUGUAUGAUAACGAGAACGAAAGCGAGAAAGAGAGAGAAUGAGAGAGAGAGGGUGGGAGAGAAUGACGUAUUUGCUGGCGACUGACUCUACCAGUACAAACAUGCGUGUGGCCCGUCCGCCGUCUGGUGUAAGGUGGAGGGCGCUCAUGCUAUGGUACGUCUUAAUGUUAGAUUAUAAGUAGCCUUUUUGUAUAAAGUGUAUCGAGGUAUGAAACCCUUAAAUUGAAUUAAUGUACAGAAUGUGUAGAAAUAGUGAAUAAUAAUAUUAUAGAAUAUAUUUUAUUUCUCAUUUGAA